AUGCAGCUGUUGAGACGCAACAGAACUCUCCCAAUAACCUCGCCAGCCCAUAGCAAAUUCUCCCGCGCUGCAAGUUACUAUGACUGGGUCAAGGAUGCCAUAUGGGAUGUACCAGAUGAAUGGAGAGACCAGUCUAAGAUCGACAGAUACAAGAUCUCAGCCGUGGAACACAAUAAGCCCUUUGUCGAGGUUAUCAAAGAAAGGUCCGGCUAUGAUUUCUCAGAGAUCUCGGCUUUCAUGGACCGCAAUCCAGGCCUAUUCCACUGGGAACAUGAUACACUCUGUGUUCAAGCCUUUUGCCAGGGCGCCGACGAGAUUCUUGACAAUCCUAAUCCAGACAGAGCUCAGGACAGUCAGUUGUUGAAAGAGAACGGACCAGAAGCAUGGGUCUCGGAUCGAAACUACUGGCUUUCUCAAGACGGAAUAGCACAGGAGCAUUGGUAUGGCCAAGUGCUGGACCGUCUUGGGUUCUAUCAAGUCUUGAAAAACGAGCGUUUCCGACUUAACACAGAAGGAGAGAUGAUUGGACCAGCUCGACAAGUGCACAUCAAAAAUCCAGAUGGUGCAAGUGUACUAGCAAUCCUGCGUACAGCGCCACACCCACAUGCCGAUGGUCUUCGAGACCUUCUCUCAAACUACAUCUCGUCAAGCCCAACUCCGAAUCUGACACUGAGAGUCUCGGACUUUUGGAAUGCGAGUUUCGUCCUCAAUUUCAAUCUUCCUUUUUUCGCCAUUGGACCUUCGGAGAAACAGGAUAAGCGAGUCUUCCAUACCAGCAAGCACAAGUUUCGUGCCCGAUACCCCCUUGAUUCCCUGAAUUUACAGGAUCCGCGAUCGCGUCUAGGAUGUGGCGAAAAUUUUUCGUUCCAAAAGAAGCUCGUCUUACAUGAAGCAGUGUACGCCCUGAUCACAACGGGCCCAAGUGAGCCGCACUGGACUGCAUAUUGCUUCGACGAGAACUUCUUCGAGGAGGACGAGGAUGAAAACAGCGACGAAGAUGAAGAAAGUGAGGACGAAAAUGAAGAUGAAAGCCUAGAAGUGAGCGUCGACCACAUCAUAGAUGAAGCAGAGCUCAAGGGGCCCAUGAACAUGUGGCUCCCCCGGGAAUACUCUCUUGCAGCAUUGGCAAAACAGCUUGACAAGAUAUUCGGAUAUCAUGCCUAUGUCUACGAAGUUUUCAAGUACAGUUUGGAUAUCUAUAUGUCUAGUGCAAGAGACGGAUCUGUGGAAAACAUAUACCCUUCAGUCAAACAAGCUUGGAAGGAAUUUUCUGAACUGCUGGGUAAGGUGAUAUUCUGCAACUCGAAGCUAAUAGAGGCUGUGGAUAAUUUCUUGGCCAAAGAAGUGCAGCUUAACCCGGAUGGAGCGCCCCAAGGAGUGUUAUGGCAAAGCCUGCGCAACAAUGGGAAGGCCAUGAAGUCUCUUCGCUCCAUCAGAGACUCACUCUACAGGUUGCGAGCUACCGGAGGCAAACUUGAGCAAACAAAAGAAACAUUGGAAGAGCUAAGACGAGAAAUAAAAGAAACCUUUGAAGAGCUAAGACGAGAGAAAAAGUUUGACGAUGCAGACGAGCGAAAGGCUAGGGAGAAAAGGAACCAGGAGUUUACCAUCGCAGCAUUUGUGAGCCUCGCCUUCAAAUAG